UGGGCUCAGGAGGGAAAUCAGCUCUGCUGCAACUGGACGACCAAUUCAAGAUGUUAUACAAACUGAUGCUGCUAUCAAUCCUGGUAACAGCGGGGGCCCACUUCUAGAUAGUUCUGGCAAUCUCAUUGGAAUAAACACUGCUAUUUAUUCACCUUCCGGUGCAUCGUCUGGUGUUGGAUUUUCGAUCCCUGUUGAUACUGUUGCAGGUAUUGUAGAUCAGCUUGUGAAAUUUGGAAAAGUCACGAGACCAAUUUUAGGGAUUAAGUUUGCUCCUGAUCAAUCUGUGGAGCAGCUGGGCGUUAGUGGAGUGCUUGUGCUGGAUGCUCCACCAGAUGGUCCUGCUGGCAAAGCGGGCCUCCUUUCCACAAAGCGUGAUGCAUAUGGACGGCUUAUACUAGGGGAUAUCAUUACGUCAGUCAACGGGAAAAAGGUUACUAAUGGUAGUGAUUUGUACAGAAUUCUUGACAAUUGUAAAGUAGGAGAUAAGGUAACGGUGGAGGUUUUACGAGGCGAUCACCAAGAGAAAAUACCUGUUAUCCUCGAACCAAAACCGGACGAGUCUUAGUGGAUCUUAGGGCUUUCAUGUGAAUGGGUUGUAAAUUGGAAAAUGUUCAUAGAUGUUUUUUGGUGGUAAUUGUUCAAUAGUAGUGCCUUACAUAUUCAUGAUAAAAGAACAUAAACCUUAAAUGCAAAAGCAAUUUGGUUCA